GACACGGCGAUUCCGGAUGGUGUGGGCAAAGUAACCACUCUAUCUGCCUCAACGUACGUGGCAGCCUGGCACGGACAAAUCCCGAAGAAUUCAUUCGCAGUUGGAUUCCUCAGCUUCAUUCUUUCAAUCUCAGAAUUGCAAAACCCGGAAACCUCAACCGACGGGCGAUGGAAUUGUAGAUACGGUUUAACAAAACCAUGAAAGGUUUGGGUCUUCAUAAACCACUGGUUUCGAGGACCAAGCCUCCCUUUUUAGCUCCAGUGGACACAGUACCCUGCUCUGCUAAUUUCUUUAGACCCACCAUCUCACUCCCAUUAAGAUGCAGAAAGAUAUCGAGGUUGAAGUUGGCCCAUGGCACGGUUCGAGUGCAAGCAUCCAAUGUCGGCAUUGGACCUGGAGAUUAUGAAAGCAAGAAGGAGAGCGACGGCCAAAAUGUCUUUGGAGGCAGUCCAGUCAAUGAUGAUUCUUCUAAAGUUGUGAAGCAACCUCCUCAGAUCCCUUAUCCUAUCUCUAUAGCUCUUGUGCUAUUUGGAUGUGCUCUUGUAUUUUCAUUGAUAGCCUUUUUGAAAGGGGGGCCCUCGUCUAUCCUUGAAGCAAUAGCAAAAUCUGGAUUCACUGCUGCAUUCACGUUGAUAUUUGUUUCUGAGAUAGGAGACAAGACAUUCUUCAUUGCCGCACUCUUGGCUAUGCAAUAUGAAAAGGGAUUGGUCCUACUGGGAUCAAUGGGUGCACUUUCUCUAAUGACAAUCCUAUCAGUUGUAAUCGGCCGAAUCUUCCAAUCAGUGCCUGCUCAGUUCCAGACAACCUUGCCAAUUGGAGAAUAUGCAGCAGUAACUCUUCUUCUGUUUUUUGGGCUGAAAUCAAUAAAAGAUGCAUGGGAUCUUCCAUCAGAAACAGUUAAGAGAGAUGAUAACAGCAGUCCUGAACUGGAUGAACUUGCUGAAGCAGAGGAGCUUGUGAAAGAAAAGAUGUCCAAACGGCUUUCCAAUCCGCUUGAGAUUGUAUGGAAAUCAUUCAGCCUUGUAUUUUUUGCUGAAUGGGGAGAUCGCUCAAUGCUUGCAACAAUUGCACUCGGUGCUGCUCAGUCGCCCUGGGGUGUGGCAAGUGGAGCCAUUGGUGGUCACUUUCUUGCAACAUCUAUUGCCAUACUUGGAGGAGCAUUUCUUGCCAACUACAUUUCUGAAAAACUGGUUGGCUAUUUGGGUGGUGGGCUGUUUCUAAUUUUCGCUGUAGCCACUUUUUUUGGUGUUUUCUGAUAUCUUGUUGCAGUGCUAUGCUUUAAUGGUCCCACUCAUAUAGAAACAUGAGCACCUGUGUGAACAAUGAAUGAGGAAAAAAGGGGAUAGUGGAAAUUCAUAGUUCAGUUUAAUUGGAGAAUUCCUUUAGUAGACAUGAGCGAGAAAAAGGAUUAGGAUGAAGAAUAAGAUGCAGUACCCCUCCUGUCAGAGAGGUCGUGGUGAUGUGAAACUCAUUAUUUCAUUCCAUUCUAAGAUUACUUUGUUGUAAUUCAUGGUUGCUGUAAUAAUAGGACAAUCCCUAACAAAGGUCAUCCAUCUAAAAAUUUGGUGGCUCUCAAACUGCACGUUCAAUUAGUGUAGAAAAUGACCCAUCAGGAGAACAAGCCAAUUUGGUUUUUAUUCUUUGUUUUAAUUGGAUAAUUUAAUGGGUGCUAUGAAUUGAUGUCUGUAUCUUGUGUUCUUUAAAAUGUAUUAGGAAUUGUUGAGGCAA